AUGUCUUCGGAGCGUCAUUCGAAUGCGAAGGCAGACCAAAACGGGAAUUUCUAUCCCUUGGAUCCCGUUGCAGAUACGCCUCUUCUGUUCUACUCACAAACGGCCGCUUUAGUACCAACUUACGUCUUGGACAGACUAGCGCAAGCACACCACAGAGAGCAGAACAACACGAAUGUCAACAACGGUCAAGCCGACAUCUCACAUACUCUUAGAGUCCAGCAUCAGAACAAAUGGGACGACGAAGAGCAAUAUCAACUGUUUGCUAACGACCCGUUUGUGAGGUCAAUUGGCGGCAAUUGGAGCAAUUUCAUCAAAACCGUCAGGAUGCCCGAGGUGUACCCGCCUGACCGUAUGGACGAGGUUUCCACCCUAGCCGAUAGAGCCGACUUCAAUGAGCCCUGGGGUGGAGACGAAAGACUUCGGCUUGCUCUCAUGGGCGCAUCCUCCAAUGACUCCAUUACAGACAUAGAGAAAUCACCAGGCCUCUUUGGCAAGAUGUUCCACAAGAAUACGCAGAAACCAGACGAAAAGGUUCGACAUAGGUCACAGGCUGGCUACUGGAUGUCGGAUGAGAAACGAGCAAUACUUGUGCCCACGUUGAAGAGGAUCUUCAUCAACAACCCAUUGGUCCCACUUCUCUUGCGUAUCCUCAUCCUAAUCUUCUGUGUCACCUCCUUGGCCCUCGCUUGUACCAUCUACGUCAACUCAAAUAAAAAGUACGAGAACUUUGAGAUUCCACAGCAGGCUGGUACAAUCAUGGCAAUUGUGGUGAACUGCUUUGCUGUGGUGUACGUUGUCUACAUUGCAUACGACGAGUACUCAGGUAAACCAAUGGGAUUGCGUAAUCCACUGGGCAAGAUGAAGCUUAUCAUGUUGGACUUGUUCUUCAUCAUCUUCUCGUCUGCCAAUCUCUCGUUAGCAUUCAACUCGAUCACAGACCGAGAGUGGGUUUGCCAUGACUCAAAUUCAGAUGUCCUCAAAGAAAUGGGCAUCUUCUAUCCUCCGGUUUCGUCGCUAUGUCGUAGACAAAAGGCGCUCACGUCGUUCUUGAUACUAGCGCUCUUUAUGUGGGUGCUCACCUUCACGAUAUCUAUCAUUCGUGUGGUAGAGAGGGUUACUGUCGGUGAAUCGAGAACAGAAUAG